AUGUGCUGCAACUGCUACGGCAGCUCCUACGGGGGCUGUGGCUACGGCUCUGGCUACGGCUGUGGCUAUGGCUGUGGAUAUGGCUCUGGCUACGAUUGUGGAUAUGGAUCCAGAUAUGGCUGUGGUUAUGGUUCUGGCUACGGCUGUGGAUAUAAAUUGAGAUACGGUUGUGGAUAUGGCUGUGGAUAUGGCUCUGGCUAUGGCUCUGGCUAUGGCUGUGGGUGUAGAUAUGGAUCCAGAUAUGGCUGUGGUUAUGGUUCUGGCUACGGCUGUGGAUAUGGAUCCAGAUACGGUUGUGGAUAUGGCUGCGGCUAUGGCUGUGGCUAUGGCUCUGGCUACGGCUCUGGCUGCUGCUACCGACGAUGCUACUCUUGCUGCUAG